GUCCAUAAUUCCCUCAUCAAAUUUCCAAAUCCACCAUUCAUUCCUAAUAUGGCUUUAGCCCAUUUAAUUGUUUAUAUAUUAUAUAUACACCACAAACUCUAUGAGAAAUAUUUGCCAAUCCUUAUAGCAGCACAAGAGACUCACUUUUUGCUGGUUGAGUCUGUACGGCUCCGAGCUUCCAUCUUGGAGUCUCCUCUCAGACUACGGAGGCCGCAGCCUCCUCGGAUCUUGGCCUUAGGUUGAAACCAAGAAAAAAACCAUAAAGAAAAAAAAAAAAAAAAAAGCGAAGAACAAUGGUGAUAAUGAACAAAAGUUUAUUUACGUUCGUUCUUUUUGCUUCUUUUGCUGUGAUUUUCCCGACUUUGCAUGCCAAUAUAGGGGAUUUUGAUGAGUACUGGAAGCAAAAAGCGGAUAUUGCCCGUGAAGCCGCCUAUCGGUCUUAUAAUCCCAAUCCUUUUAAUGUCUCCAACCAGCUUAAUUAUCAAGUUAACAAGGCUGUAUCGGGUACCAACAGCACGAGAAGGAAUUUGAUGAGGAGAAAAGGUGGCGGUCCAUGCAAAGCAACUAAUCCUAUAGAUAGAUGCUGGCGGUGUGACCCCAAAUGGGCGUUGAACAGAAAGAGGCUAGUCGAGUGUGUCCUCGGCUUUGGCCAUAGCACAACUGGCGGGAAGGACGGAAAGUUUUAUAUUGUCACUGAUCCUUCAGACAAUGACAUGGUUAACCCUAAACCCGGAACCCUACGCCAUGCAGUGAUCCAGAAUGAACCUCUUUGGAUUAUUUUUGCACGUAGUAUGAUUAUUAGACUCAAUCAAGAACUCAUGAUUUCAAGCAACAAAACCAUUGAUGCUAGAGGAGCUAAUGUACAUAUUGCUGGUGGUGCUGGUCUUACUCUGCAGUUCGUUCAGAAUGUGAUCAUCCAUGGUAUUCGGAUUCAUGACAUUGUUUCAGGCUCCGGUGGCCUUGUUAGAGAUUCUGUAGAUCAUUACGGAUUCAGGACUAAAAGUGAUGGUGAUGGGAUUUCCAUAUUUGGGUCCUCUAAUAUUUGGAUUGAUCAUGUUUCUAUGUCCAACUGUCAGGAUGGUCUAAUUGAUGCUAUUAUGGGGUCAACUUCUAUUACCAUCUCCAAUUGCCACUUCACAAAUCACAAUGAGGUGAUGUUGUUCGGUGCAAGCGAUGGCUAUUCGGCUGAUACUAUAAUGCAAAUCACAGUUGCAUUCAACCACUUUGGUAGAGGUUUGGUACAGAGAAUGCCUAGGUGCAGAUGGGGUUUCUUUCAUGUUGUCAACAAUGACUACACUCAUUGGCUUAUGUAUGCCAUCGGUGGUAGCCGCAAACCCACGAUCAUCAGCCAAGGCAACCGAUUUAUUGCUCCCAAUAAUAUCUUUUCCAAGGAGGUGACGAAGAGGGAAUACUCAUUGGAAAGCGAGUGGAAGAACUGGAAUUGGAGAUCAGACAGAGAUCUGAUGAUGAAUGGAGCUGUUUUUGUUGAAUCUGGAAAACCGAUUACACAUGACUUCUCAAGGCUACAAUUGAUCAAGGCAAAGCCAGGAACAUUUGUAACAAGACUCACUCGCUACUCUGGUGCUCUCGACUGCUUUGUUGGAAAGCCUUGUUAGAGUGUUUAAUAUAUGUGGUUGUUCAUUUCAUAGAUAUAAAAAUUAUAUUCAGUCACUCUUUGUCUCUCGUAUAUUUUUUGAAACACCAGACUAUGUUAUAUAUCCGAAGAAGAAAAGAAAAGAAUGGAUAAUAGACACACGAAGAAGCAUUGAAUUAAAAGACUAGUCGGUUCACCUGUUAGGGUUAGCUAUUGGACUCUAACGCUAGUAGAUGGGUUCAAAAAUAUUUGGUGAAAUUUUUUCCUAAAUUGGCAUUUCUUGGCCUACAAUUGUUGAUCUCAUUUUGAAGUGUACUUUUUCUUUUGACUGUAGUUUUAGUUCUUUUUACUAUUUGGAUGUUUUUAUGCCUAUUGAAACUUAUCAAAAAAAAAAACUGAAAAUAUAUACUAUUUAUUUAUGUAUAAAUUAUGUGUGUAAGUGACUCUAUCUCAAAAACCUUCAACUAGUAUAUAUGUAUUUCUACUUAUCAAUACAAUUUGAUAUUUGAGCUUUAAUUUCAA